AUUUAAAUUACCACAGGAUCACAUUGUCGCUGUCAACUCGUGCACCGGUUGUAAUAACAUACACGAUGCAAGAAAUUUAAUGCACUAAAGUAGCAAAACCCGAUUCCUGUGCACGUCUUGUUUCCUUCAUUCCCUAGUUAGGUAUUUUUAUGUCUACAGAAGUAUUUGUUGGUGUAAAGUGUGAUUUGUAAAGGUUAACGAUCGUCAAAAUUUGCGACUGAUCAACGUCAUAAUCAAAAGAGUACAUUAUGACGUCAUUGCUGUGGGGAUUAUUCUCAAUGCCCAUUAUAUUGGUCAUUGUUUGUGCGGAACCAAAUUGUAUGACACAUAAUGAUUUACAAAAUAAUAUGAUUUGUUCUCCUGGCUCAUCAGACUAUAUUUUAGAAAGAGGUUUAGUAUCAGACAAUAACAGAACCAUAGGAAUCAGCUUAAAAGCUUGUCGCAUUAUUGACAUUAACAAGGAAUCAUUUCAUUCAUUAUCCUCGUUGGAAGAUUUGGAUUUAUCAUUAAAUUCUAUAUCAAAUCUCAGGUUGGAGAUUUUUGAUGGAGCGCCCAAACUGAUGUCCUUAAAUCUAUCCUAUAAUUUGUUGACAGCGAUUCCUUUAGGAUUUUUCAACCAGACGCCAAAUAUAGAACUAUUAGAUUUGAGAGGAAAUAAAAUAAAUAUUUUAGAAGAAGGAUUCCUCGAUCCAUUAAAGAAGUUGAAACAUUUAGAUCUUGCAAGUAAUUUGUUAAUAGGAAAACAACUGAGUCCUUACAUUUUUAAUAUUAAUAGACAUAUUAAAUUCAUUGAUUUUUCCAGAAAUGAAAUGAGUGACACAUCAGAACUAUUGACGCAUGCUUUUCAAGAAAUGAAUAUUUUAAACUUAGAUAGAUGUUUUCUUACCGGAUUGCCGAAUUUUGCUCUUAGACACAACAUGAGAACGAUGAAACAAUUGAUUAUGUCUACAAAUCAAAUAAAUAAUCUAGACAACUCAACUGCAUUUGUGAAUUUAGACAAUUUGGAAAUAUUGAAUUUAGCACAUAAUAAAAUUGAUAGUAUAGUAGGAAAUAUUUUUGUUCCUUUGAAAAAGGUGAAAAUUAUUGUAUUAAGAAAUAAUAAGUUGAAAUCUAUACCCGAUAAUUUGUUUAGAGAUUUGCCAGAGUUAGCUAAUCUGGACUUAUCUCAUAAUCUAAUAGAUUUUAUACCAGUUAAUGCUUUUAGAGGAGCGCCGUUGAAGAAUUUGAAUUUAUCUGACAACAAAUUUACUUAUUUGACAGACAAUUUCUGUUUAGAAUUGAGAAAUUCCGGAGGGAAAUUAAAAAAGAUAUUUUUCAAUGAUAAUCCGUGGCAGUGCGCUUGUUUAUUUGACUUCUUGGCUGAAGUGAAAAGAAUGGGAAUAUCAUAUAAUGCUGUAAAAUAUAAUGGUAAAACACAAGUGUGUGUGACGGAACAAUUUUCUUGUCAAAGGCAACAAAAUGUGAAUGCCAUGUAUGUAAAACUGUAUAAUAAUUUAAUUAAUCAUAAGCAACAAUAAAUGUAUACAAUAAUUAUAGCUUAGAUUAUAGGGAUAGAGUCUCUCCAUAGAAAUGUUUCGAGAAAAUCGCGUCAACUUUUUCAUACAAUUUUGCGAUAUAAAUAGUUAUGAGUAGUUCCUUUAUAACGUCUAUAUUUAUUAUGUCUUAUGAUUUCUGCAUCUUUUUAAUGCAUAAACACUCAUUUUAUUUAUUAAAUAAAAUGAGUGUUUAUGCAUUUUAUUUAUUAAAUAAUACGUUAGGAUACAUUUUAUGAGUAAGUAUAUAGAACACUGAAAAAAAAAGAGUCAGUUAAUUUCACAAUUAACUGACAAAAGGUUGGCCCGUUUUAGAAUCCCGAUGCUUUAUCUAUAUAAUCUAAGAAUUAGAGCUGUAAGUAGUAUGUUUUAAUAGAUAUCAACGAAAAUGUAAACAAAUGAGUAAUAGACCCGAUCAUAAACAGUCAUCUGAUGUCUAAUAAUCAACCAACUUCCAAAAGAAGAAGGUUUUCAAUUCAGUUUUUUUAUAUUUAGUACCUCAUAACCUUAUCAAUUCUAAAUCGAUAUGGUUUUUUUUUGUCUGACAGGUUAUAUUUACAGAUUGGUUCCAUAGAAAUUUUAUUAAAAUCGGCUCAAUAGUUCUGUUUUUAUAUCAAUAUAACUGGUUUUGUUACAAUUGAAGUUGGUUUUUUGUGGGACAAAUAAAAAAUAGACAAGUUGACUAAAUGUUUCGAUUUGUUACUAAAUUCCAAUAGAUUUAGUAAAUAUCAAUAAUAUUAAUAAGAUACAAAGCGCUCUCUGUGGCAUAUACAAUAAAUUAAUCUUAUCAAUGGAACAUCAACGCCAUCUAUAUUAUGUAUUCUGAAAUAUAAAAUAUUACUGGAAGUGCAGUAAUAUUUUAGUAGAUGUCACUGUUUGAAAUCAAUAUUUUUUU